UUGUAAGAAAGGGGUAAACGACGACCAUGGCAGACUUGUUCGAGAACGACCUCAGCUACGCGCAAGCACAAGAACUGAAGCGGCGACGGCGGAUCCUGCCAGAAAAGCGCAAGAGAGUCGUCAAGGCCUGUCAGCGCUGCAGAGACCACAAGCUGCGCUGUCAGGGGACACGGCCUUGCGACAGGUGUGCUCGCUCAAAUACGGACUGCAUAUACCCCGUGUUGAGUGGAUCGAACAAUUCAGACGCGUAUGUCGCAAAGCUGGAGGAACGCCAAAUCUACCUCGAAUAUAUGCUGCAACGGCAUAUACCCGGCUUGACACUGGACACGCCAAGUUUACGCUCGCUAGCGGAAAGUUACAAGAAGGAAGAAUUCGGCGACCACGCAAGUGCGUCAGUCGAGGGCCGAGUGCAGCAGAAGCUGCUCAAUGAGGAUGAAGGCGUUCGAGAUGUGUUGGAUGGAAGAGCGCGUCUCAUUGUGGAAAAGCAGGGUCAAACGCAUUACCUCGGCGAAUCCGCUGGUUGGAGUUUCAUCGACAGUAUACGCGAAUCGAUCACGACGACCCCAGGCGAACUCGAUGUCAGUGCUAGAUAUAACACGUUCCUCGAGGAGAAUGCGGAUGAGGUGUUUGAAGAGAUCAAUGUUUCAGACCCAGCAGCGCUCCUUCCGCCACGACCUACAAUGGAUUUCCUGAUCAAUACUUUCUUCCGGCACUGCCAAACAAUGCUGUUAUACACCCACGAGACUAUCUUCCGGAAGAAACUCGGGCAUUUACUCCACUCCCUCGGUAGCGACCAGGAGGACACGAUCUUCCUCUGCGUGUUGCUGAUGGUGCUAGCCGUCGGCAGUCAAUUCGCUGAAUUAGAAACUCAAUCACCAACACCGGAUGCCGGCUUCUCCUAUUACAAAGCAGCGCGGAUGCUGCUCCCUCACGUUAUCACCGCGUGCAAGAUGAGUAGCGUGCAAGCAUGCUUGCUUAUGACCAGUUACCUGCAAUGGACGCGCCAGAGAGAUGUGUCGUACGCGUAUAUGGGUAUGGCAGUACGAAUGGCGGUAUCCAACGGAAUGCAUCGCCGGUGCAAUGUGGCGCUGGAUCCGCGAGUGGUGGAAAUUCGGACGCGUUUAUGGUGGUCUAUCUACACAAAGGAUCGCUUUAUGAAUAUGUCCAUGGGUCGGCCCAUGCUCUUUUCCGACAAUGAUUGCGAUCUGGAGCUGCCGAGAUACUUGCCAGAGCUCGACGGCCCGAAUUCUUCACCUGGCAUUGAUGUCAUGCGAGCUAAUACAGAAAUGGCACGAAUUCUCGGCCAUAUCAUGUCGAGAAUCUACACGCUACCAAAGGAUGGACAGAAGAGCUCUUCAGUCAGUCGAAGCGCAAUUGUGGAGCUGAAGCAAGAACUAUCGGCAUGGAAGACGCGUCUCCCUUCACGACUACGGCAUCAGAAGCCCGAUCCCAAGAGUCAAUUCUUCCGGGCUGAAGUGCAUCUUCACCUGGGCUACUACCAGGCAAUCAUCCUCAUCACCCGCCCUUUCCUCCUCCAUCUCGUCCGAACUCGUGGACCAACAAAACAAGCCGCCCCGUCAGCUGCGCCAGAUCAAAAUGCCGCCCUCAUCGAGCAACUCGCUCUCAACUGCGUCGACGCCGCCCACGAAGGUAUCAAGUUGAUACAGAACCUUCAGAAACACAACAAGAUCUGUCGCUUCGAUUUCUGGGAUUACCAUUACUGCUGCGCCUGUGCGUAUGUCAUAUUACUGAGAAACGUCAUUCACGGGGAUGAUCCACGGGACCCCAAGGCGAUUCAAUGUGCAAUGGACGUGAUGGAGUAUAUCGCGAGUGGCAAUGAUUCGGCCAAGCUGGCAUUGGACCUGAUGAGAGAGUUGCACGUCAUUGUUCGGAAGAGGAGGAGUGGUGCGAAGGGCAAGGCUACAAAGGACGAGGUACAAGGAUGGAGCGUGGCACCGGCAUUGGUCCCAGCGUCCGGCUCUUUCGACCCAUCUUUAGUACCGCUUGGCAGUAUCUCAGAGUUUUCGGGAAGCUCCAUCUCGCCAGUGCCGAUCAAUGACUUGGAGACGUUCGUUCACGAGGAUAUCUUGCCUUACCAGGAUAACGCGUACGACUCCAAUAACUUCUUUCGUGUCUUUGGUAUUGAGAACGUUAGUUUUCCAGAGUUGGGUGGGGAGUUUGGGUUUGGAGGUCAAGAUGGUGGGACGUUUGACUGGGGGAUUUGAUGAAUAGGUGAUGAGCAGAAUAUCCGGAA